CUCAUCUCACAAUCCAGCCGGUGACUCAUUAUUACAUUACCAAUGAAAUUAAUAUUUUGCCUAUAAUAUUUCUAAUAAAAGGGGAGUGGAAUUUUUUUUUUUUAAUCACAUUUGAUAAUGAGCUGCGGAGUCGUUGUUGACUGAAUGAUGACAUAACAGCAGUGAAGAACAAACUCCUAAUUAGACUUUAGAUUAGAUUGGAUUAGGUCAGGGCGGGGUUGGUGCAGUGGUUGGUGAAAUUUUUGGUGGAGUUCCAAACAACCAAGAUGUCAUUAUCGCCCACUUACAUGGAACAAUCGGAGUAGAUUGAUCCGUUAAAAUUACUCAUCCAAAACGAUGCCAUUAUUUUGGAAGCGAGAGAGCGGUUGGUAUGGCAUUUCAUAUUUGGUAUAUUGGAAUGAAGUCUUUUGUAGUCUGCUAAUGUUGAACCAACAAAAACCAUACUAGUGGGAAUUGGUGGGAAAUUGUUAAAACACUAAUAACAUGCGUUCAUACGUAGUUAGUUGGUGUUCAGCCUAAUUACAUGGGAGUCCUUCACCAACCCAUCAGCCCCGACCCUUGUUGAUUGAUUUGAUGCUGUGCAUACGUUCGAGAUUAUCCGAAAAUUUUACUAGAGUCAGAAAGUGUCUACCUGAAAAUUGGAGUAAUAAUUUAACUGGUGUUUUAAGGAAUUUUAUCACUUGGGGUCAACCCUUAAUCACUUAGGGGACAUACAUCGUUGAGUCAAGAAUCGCCGAUUGGUUUAUAAGUCAUUUGUGAAAAGUUGUAUUCUUUUUAAUUUGGUUCAACCAUAUAUGAAAAAAUUCCCCUCCAGCCAUCAUGGUUUAAAAUUUAGAGUCAGGAACAUUUAUGCAUGGAAGAUAAUUCUCUUAGCUUGUCAUAUGUUCCAAUGUAUCAUUGAGUUAACAUUGUCUAAUUAGUGGCCACAUAUAUAAUCUACCUAAUUUGUACUUUAUACCAUAAAUUGUACCUAUUAAGGUACAUGUCAUCAAUAAUAACGUAAUUGGAGAUAACUAGUGGUACAAAAGAAAGGGCAACUGUUUUUUUUUUUUUGAAUUUAUGAUGAAUUCGUUGAAAUAUAAAUUUAAGAGAGUUCAUUAUUUACAUAAUUAAUUUUCUUUCAUGCAUUAAAAGAGUUCAUUAUUUGCAUAAAUUUAAAAGAGUUCAUUAUAUGUUAGAUUUAUAAAUCUACGUGAUCCAUAAAUUUGGAUUUAAAUUUACCCUUGACUUUCAAUAUUUGAAGCACAAAAUUAUUUAAAUUCAUUAUACUUGAUGAUAUUUAAGUGACAAAAUACCCACUUGUUCCUUCACCAACUACCAAUAAUACUGGGAUCCCACCAUAGCUAUGGUACACCCCCACCUACCCCCACCAAACUUGCCAAAUAAAUUAACACCAGAAAUACCAAAAAAGUGCUUCUGCAGAAAAUUACAGCCUUUUAAUUAUCGGAAAAAAGAGAAUUAUCGGUUUUUCUGCCGAAAAAUAGAAACAAACAGAAAAAACAAAAACCAAAGGCCAUAACCGUCAUUUCACCAUCAUCACCUCCUCCAUUUUAAGCCCCUCCAAUUUUCCCGUCUGCAUUUCCUCCUCAGUCCUCACCCCUCUGUUUCUUCUUCUCUCUCUGAAUCUCACCAAGACGAAGAGAAAAUGGAUCCAGUGACAGUAUGGGGAAACACUCCACUGAACCAGGUGGACCCAGAGAUCCACGACCUCAUCGAGAAGGAGAAGCGCCGCCAGUGCCGCGGGAUCGAGCUCAUCGCCUCCGAGAACUUCACCUCGUUCGCCGUCAUCGAGGCCCUCGGCAGCGCCCUAACCAACAAGUACUCCGAAGGGAUCCCCGGCAACCGAUACUACGGCGGAAACGAGUACAUCGACCAGAUCGAGAACCUCUGCCGAUCCCGCGCAUUGGAGGCCUUCCACUGCGAUCCGGCAAAGUGGGGUGUCAAUGUGCAGCCGUACUCCGGCUCCCCUGCCAAUUUCGCCGCAUACACCGCCGUCCUCGAGCCCCAUGACCGGAUUAUGGGUCUCGAUUUGCCCUCCGGUGGGCACCUCACUCAUGGGUAUUACACCUCCGGCGGUAAGAAGAUCUCCGCUACUUCAAUUUACUUUGAGAGCUUGCCCUACAAGGUGAAUUCCGAGACUGGGUACAUCGAUUACGAUAAGCUGGAGGAGAAGGCUCUGGAUUUCAGGCCCAAAUUGAUUAUCUGUGGUGGCAGUGCCUACCCUAGGGAUUGGGAGUAUAAGAGGUUCAGGGAGGUUGCUGAUAAGUGUGGCGCUCUUUUGCUCUGCGAUAUGGCUCACAUUAGUGGCCUUGUUGCUGCUCAGGAAGCGAAUAACCCAUUCGAGUACUGUGACAUUGUGACGACCACAACCCACAAGAGUUUGAGGGGUCCUAGAGCUGGUAUGAUCUUCUACCGCAAGGGACCUAAGCCAGCAAAGAAGGGUCAGCCAGAAGGCGCGACCUAUGAUUUCGAGGACAAAAUCAACUUCUCUGUGUUCCCUUCUCUUCAGGGAGGUCCUCACAAUCACCAGAUCGGUGCUCUUGCUGUUGCAUUGAAGCAGGCCAACACCCCUGCAUUCAAGGCCUAUGCUAAACAAGUGAAGGCCAAUGCAGUUGCUGUUGGUAACUAUUUGAUGAAGAAAGGGUACAAGAUGGUCACUGGUGGAACUGAGAACCACCUUGUCUUGUGGGAUCUCAGACCUCUUGGGUUGACUGGCAACAAGGUGGAGAAGCUCUGUGAUCUCUGCAACAUCACUGUGAACAAGAACGCCGUGUUUGGUGACAGUAGUGCUUUGGCCCCAGGAGGGGUGAGAAUUGGUGCACCGGCCAUGACUUCAAGAGGGUUGCUAGAGAAGGACUUUGAGCAGAUUGGAGAGUUCCUCCACCGUGCGGUGACCUUGACGCUGAGCAUCCAGAAGGAAUAUGGAAAGCUGUUGAAGGACUUCAACAAGGGGUUGGUGGACAACAAGGAGAUUGAGGCCUUGAAGGCUGAUGUGGAGAAAUUUGCAGGUUCCUUUGACAUGCCUGGUUUCCUCAUGUCCGAGAUGAAGUACAAGGAGUAAUUAGGGUUUGAUGAUACUGCAUCCGAUUUCUGUUACUGAAGUAGCAGCAUUUACCCGAUUUAUGAUCAUCCCCCCACCAAAGAAAGGAAAAGAAGAGGUUUUCUUCUGUCUUUUGUUGUUUUUUUCUGGCUUUGUAGUAGUUAGGUUGGCCAUUUCACAAUAUUUUGGUUGUUUGUUGAAUGCUCUGCUGUUUCAUGUAACCUUGCCCUCUUUUCCCCUUUGUUUCUAUUACUUUGAUUGUUGGUAAGAUCAAUAAAGCAAGCAGUCGAUU